AUGCUAAAAAUACUGGUGCGAAAUGCGCAUACAGCGGCGACGCGAAAAGCAAUGAUUGAAAAAAUAAUUCGAGUUGAUCAUGCUGGAGAAUUGGGAGCUGAUCGAAUUUAUGCCGGACAAAUGGCAGUUUUGAGUGGUGAGAAACGUUUUUUGGGGGAGGAAGAAGGGUUUGGGUGCGAAUGCUAUAUGAUUUUUGACUGAAAAUUAGAAACUUGAACAUAACAAAUAUUUAUUCCAGGAAAUUAAAUUCCGAAUCAAAAUCAGUAAACGUUUCCUAAAAUUCAGCUCUGAAAAAUUUCCCAUCAAAAUUUUUUAGCCUUUUUGUCAGUUUCAGAUUCUGAUUCAGAAUUUCUGAAUGGGCAUUCUAAUUUUUAAUUUUUUAAAGGCUCAUCAAUCGGUUCAAUUAUCAAAAAAAUGUGGGAUGAGGAAAAAGAACAUUUGGAUACAAUGGAAAGAUUGGCUGCAAAACACGAUGUUUCACAUACAAUUUUAUCGCCCGUUUUUGGAUUGGCUGCUUAUGCGUUGGGUAAGUGAAGUUUAGAAAUUCAGCCUUGAAAAUAUUAAUUGAACUUUUCCGACUGAAGAUUUGGGCCGAAAAAAUUUUUCAGAAAAUUUUAUCAAGAUUUUUAAUUUAAUUUUCAAAUAAAAAUUCCAUUAAAAAUUUUUGUAGUUUGAGAAAUUUUUUAGAGAAAAAUUCUCACUUUUUUUAAAAAAUUACAAUUAGAUAUGGUAAUUUUUUUCUAACUCAAAAUUUGCCCAAAAUGGAGUCCCUUGUCAUGUCCAACUAAAUUGCUCUCCAAUUCCCAAUACUAUAAUAUUUAUUCAGGUGUUGGAUCAGCUCUUUUGGGAAAAGAAGGCGCAAUGGCUUGCACAGUUGCUGUUGAAGAACUUAUUGGUCAACAUUAUAAUGAUCAAUUGAAAGAACUUUUAGCCGAUGAUCCAGAAGCUCAUAAAGAAUUACUUGAAAUUUUGACAAGGUUGCGAGAUGAAGAAUUACAUCAUCAUGAUACUGGAAUUGAACACGACGGAGAAAAAGUUAGUUUUUUUUUUGGUGCGAGGUGAAAACUCCAAAUUCUCUGUUUAGGCUCCGGCCUACGAUGCUCUCAAAUGGAUCAUUCAAACCGGUUGUAAAGGAGCAAUCGCAAUAGCCGAAAAAAUCUAG